AUACUAAACCCUAGUUCCCGCCAACCUGAAUUGCGCGCGAGCCGCGAAAAUUUAGCUUUUUAUACACACACUCUCAUAUACUAUACAUUUCUUCUCUGUACUUUCUAGCAAGCAGAUCCAGAGCUUCACAAGAGUAAGCCGCUGGAGAUAUACACAGAGGUAUACAAGUUCAAAUCAAGAUAAUGAGGUUGCAACAUUGUAGUGCUUUGCAUUACAUUAAUGCUAUCAAGGGUGAUUCAGUAAGUAAGGUUUUAAAUGUAAAUUCUCGUCGAAAACCAGCUCUCGUGUUUAAGAGUUUGGAAGAAAUUUAUGAGGAUAAACAUCCGAGACAUCUUAAUGAGCCAUCAGAAGCUGAAUCACAAAAUGGUUGUGAAAAUGGGGAAGUUAAGGAUAUAACUAAGAAUUUAUGCCUGCCGAAGGCAGAAAGAAUAACAAUGGAAAGAGAUCAAGUAUCCACUGAUUUUGAAUGCAGUGACUAUGAAGAAAUGGCAAGUGAAUCAGACGAUCUUUCAUUCGGGGAAAUGACGUUGAAGGAACUAAGGAAGACGUGCAAAUUAAAGAAAAGGAAGAUGUCAGAUUCUGUUUGUUCAAGUCCUGAAUUUCAGGAAGAUGGAGAUGAUUGUGAUCUCAUGAUACCACUCAGCAGUUGGAAUACAACACUUUCAAAAAUUGCAAAGUCCACAAAGAAGCAUGCCAGGAGAAGUGCCUCUGCAAUUUUAGCUCAUGAUUGUACAUAUCCUCAACAAUCAAGCAAUGCUAAUUUUGUGCCUAUGACCAUAAAAAUUGAGGCUUCUACAUUUUGCCUCUCUGAACUCCAGGCUCUGAAUUUUGCUGCUGAAACAACUGAUGGUCCCUCCAGUUCUGGUGAGCAAGUUAGCGUAUAUGACAUGGACUCCUCUCAGAUCCUCCAGACUUCUGAUACUAUCCUAGAGAACAAGGAAACCAUAUCAUUAGCAGGACAACAGGAAACAUGUGUUAACAUAUCUGGUUUCCUAGAAAACAAGGAAACCAUAUCAUCAGCAGGACAAUGUGAAGCACGUGUUAACACAUUUUCUCUCAGUCAACCAGAGGUUGAUUAUAUGCCUCUGUCUUUUAUUCCUCCACCUAGUGAGAAGACUGUGGGAUCAGGUACUCAGGAGUCGUGUCGACAUCCUGCUUCCCGUGCAUCAGAAUUGCACAAAGAGUCUGAUAUUUUGCAGUCGCCAUCUAGUCAAAGCUUUCUGCUGACAGAUAAAAACAUCAAUGAUAAAAGUUUAGUUAUCCACAAAACUAAAGAUGAAGUUUCUGAGAUGCCUCUUGAUAACGGUAUUUCUUCUACCAAUUUUGUAAAUGGCAGUGAGUUGUGCGUUUUUGAGGAUGAUGCCAGGAAUCGGUUAGAUAUGUUAAGUGCUCCCCAGAGUUGUUUGAAUAUGCCAGAGAUUCUUUGGAAUGAGUCUGAAUAUAGAGAUUCUAAUGUGGCAACCAGUGAUGGUCUUUGUCUCAUUAAAAGUGGUCGAGGUAUUACAUUAUCAAUUUUUGAUGAUGUCAAUGAAACUAAUUUGCCACAUCACCUGCCAAAUGUUUCCCCGAGAAGUCCAUUCUCUUAUUAUAUUUCACCUUGGAAUUUUUAUCCAUGCUCAGCUUCCGACAGUGAUUUGGUCGCCGAGGAAAUAUACUCACGGACAAUUGAGAAUGACUGGUCUUUGACAACCUACAAUUCAAACACAUCAGGAUAUUGUGUAGAGCCUAAUAUUUAUCCUACUGACUUGGAGGAUGCUGCCUUUGCAAAUGAGAAACAGUUGCUAUUACCUAUAAACACUGAUGCCGAAAUUAGUCUCUCCGGCUGUGAUGAUAACGAGCUUUCAAGUCCAGAGACUUGCAAUCAGGGUGAUAUAGUGCUGUGGCAACCUCCUGAGAGAUUUCCCUCGACGAAAAAGGUUAUUUCUCCAACUUUCCAGGAGAAGGUGUGUCUGACAACGAACUACAGGGAGCUGACCGACGACAUUGGGGAUCAUAAAUGCAAGGGAAAGCGUUUCGUUGGUAACCAAACUGAGGACAAUGCUUUAUCAGAGGUAUCCGACACUACAGGUGUAGAAUCAUGCGCGAAAGGUGAAUUGACUGAACAGAGGAUUCUCAGAAAAGCAAUUUUAUCCCCCAAGAAAAUCCUCAAGAAAUCAAAGCACAAUAAGAAAGGUUCCUUGCCUGAAAAAUGUUCACCUAUAGGCCGUCUUGUAGGUUCACAACCUACUCGUUUGCUUCCUGGUAUGUACAAAGGAAGAAGCUCUAUUGAAGCUUGUCAUGAAAGGGCAAUUUCAUUUUCCCAGCGACAGAUGCAGGACAUAGAGUCUGUAGCGGCGAAGCUUAUGACAGAGUUGAAGUCAAUGAAAGACAUGGUAGAAGAAAAAUUGCUCUAUGAAGCAUACCGCAGUACAUCUAUGAAAAAUGAUGCUGAUGAGGUGAAAUCAGCUAUCAAGAGUGCAACUAAAGUCGAGGAAACAACAAAAAAGUGGCUGUCUAUGAUGGCAAGAGAUUGCAACCGUUUCUGUAAAAUUAUGUCUCAACCACAGAAAUCGACCCUGGAUGCCUCUGCUGCUAAAGAAACCAUGAUGCAUAGGGAGAAAAAGAAAAUAUCAUUUGCAGAUGAAGCUGGUGGGGUGCUAUGCCAUGUGAAAUAUUUUGAAUAUGGUGAAAACAAUACAAAUCUCGCAAGCUAAAGGAAUGCUGAACUCUGAAGCACUUGCUUCUUGUACAAUUCAUUAUUUGCAAUUUUAAGCUGAUGAGGAUGAUAAAGAAGGUAUGCUCUUCAUAGGAAUCUCCCGUAUGGUUUAGAAGGUGAUAAAUUAUUGUUACAAUAAUUUUUCAAUCUGCUGUUGUCCGGUGAAUGUUGUACUAAAGUUCAUUUCAUUGCGGUAAUGUCAUGAAGAUUUAGUUUGUACCCCAGUAGAUUAGUCAGUUUGGACUAUGAUUGCAUCCUUUGUCCUGAUAAGCUGGUUCUCUUCAUAAAUUAUACAAAUAAUCAGUUUUCUUUAUGUAUAACUUUGUUGGAUUUAAUUUCUUUGAAAUUCCGGUUUCA